ACAGCAGUGACGACAUCCGCCAAGACAGCAAUUGCCACAACAACAGACUCUACCACGUCAGUUAUGAUACCAGUGGUAACAUCAACUACUGCUGUAACAACUAUUGCCACAACAACGGAAGAAACCACAGUUGCCACAACAAUAGACUUUACCACAACACCAUUCACGACAGCUGCAGAACAAAUGACCACCGCCACAACAACUGAAGAAACAACAGUUGCUAAACCAGCAGACUUUACUACAACAGCAGUCACGACACCCACUGAAACAACAACUACCACCCCAAUAGUGGCAGAAACAACUACAGUCGCAAUGACAACAGCAGUCACAACACCUGUGGAAAUAAUAACCACUGCCACAACAAUGACAGACACAACAAUUGCAACAACAACAGACUCUCCCACGGCAAUGACGACAGCUGCGGAAACAACUACCACUAACACAAUAGUGGCAGAAACAACAACAGUCGCAAUGACAACAGCAGUGACGACUCCUACCGAAACAACAGUUGCAACAACAGAAUCUACCACAACAGAAGUCACGACACCUGCAGAAAUAAUAACCGCUGCCAGAACAACGGAAGAAACAACAGUUGCCACAACAACAGACUCUCCCACAACGGCAAUCACGACAGCUGCAGAACAGACAACCACCGCCACUAAUGCAGAAACAACAACAGUUGCAAUAACAGCAGUCACAACACCUGCAGAUAUAAUAACCGCUAACACAGCAACAACAGACUCUCCCAGAACGGCAGUCACAACAGCUGCAGAACAAUCAACCACCGCCACAACAACUGCAGAAACAACAACAGCAGUCACAGCACCGGCAGACACAACAACUGCUUCUACAACAGGGGCAGGAAAAACAACAGUUGCUAUAACAACAGAAGUAAUGACACCUGCCCAAACAACGGCAGACACAUCAACAGUUAUCAAAACAACAGCCAUGACGACACCUACCGAAGCAACCUUUGCCGCCACAACAGACUCUCCCUUAAUGGCAAUCACAACACCUACAGAAUCAACAACCCGUGCCACAACAAUGACAGAAACAACAACAGUCGCAACAGCAGUGACGACUCCUGCUGAAACAACAACAGGUGCCACAACAGACUCUACCAAAACAGAAGUCAUGUCAUCUGCAGAUAUAAUAACAACAAUGGAAGAAACAACAGUUGCCACAAAAACAGACUUUACCACAACAGCAUUCACAACAGCUGCAGAACAAAUGACCACCACCACAACAACUGAAGAAACAACAGUUGCUACAAAAGCAGACAUUACUACAACAGUCAUCACGACACCCGCUGAAACGACAACCACCGCCCCAAUAGUGGCAGAAACAACAACAGUCGCAAUGACAACAACAGUCACGACACCUGUGGAAAUAAUCACCACUGCCACAACAAUGGCAGACACAACAGUUGCCACAACAACAGACUCUCCCACGGCAAUGAUAACAGCUGCGGAAACAACAACCACGGACACAAAAGUGGCAGAAACAACAACAGUCGCAAUGACAACAGCAGUGAUGACACCUGCCGAAACAACAACAGUUGCCACAACAGACUCUACCACAACAGAAGUCACGACACCUGCAGAAAUAAUAACGGCUGCCACAACAAUGGAAGAAACAACAGUAGCCACAACAACAGAGUCUCCCACAACGGCAUUCACGACAGCUGCAGAACAGACAACCACCGCCACAACUGCAGAAACAACAACAGUUGCAACAACAGCAGCAGUCACAACAACUGCUUCCACAACAAGGACAGGAAAAACAACAGUUGCAACAACAACAGAAGUAAUGACACCUGCCCCGACAACGGCAGCAAUAUCAGCAGUUGUCAAAACAACAGCAAUGACGACACCUACUGAAACAACCUUUGCCACAACAACAGACUCUCCCACAAUGGCAGUCACAACACCAAUGGAAUCAACAACCCCUGCCACAACAAUGACAGAAACAACAACAGUCGCAACAGCAGUGGAAUCUCCUGCCGAAACAACAUCAGUUGCCACAACAGACUCUACUACAACAGAAGUCACGACAUCCGCAGAUAUAAUAACUACUGCCACAAUGGAAGAAACAACAGCUGCCACAACAACAGACUUUACAACAGCUGCAGAACAAAUGACCACCGCCACAACAACUGAAAAAACCACAGUUGCUACAACAGCAGACUUUACGACAACAGCAGUCACGACACCCGCUGAAGCAACAACCACCACCCCAAUAGUGGCAGAAACAACAACAGUCUCAAUGACAACAGCAGUCACAACACCUGUGGAAAUAAUCACCCCUGCCACAACAAUGGCAGACACAACAAUUGCCACAACAACAGACUCACCCACAAUGGCAGCCACAACACCAACGGAAUCAACAACCCCUGCCACAACAAUGACAGAAACAACAACAGUCGCAACAGCAGUGACAACUCUUGCCGAAACCACAACAGUUGCCACAACAGACUCUGCCACAACAGAAGUCACAACACCUGCAGAUUUCAUAACUACUGCCACAAUAGAAGAAACCACAGUUGCAACAACAACAGACUUUACCACAACAGACUUUACAACAGCUGCAGAACAAAUGACCACCGCCACAACAACUGAAGAAACCACAGUUGCUACAACAGCAGACUUUACUACAACAGCAGUCCCGACACCCGCUGAAGCAACAACCACCACCCCAAUAACACAACAGAUGCAACAACAACAGCAGUCACAACACCUGCAGAGGCAACAACUGCUUCCACAACAAGGGCAGGAAAAACAACAGCUGCAACAACAACAGAACUGCAGAACAGACAACCACUGCAACAACUGCAGAAACAACAGUUACAACAACAGCAGUCACAACCCCUGCAGAAAUAGUAACCGCUGCCGCAACAACAGACUCUCCCACAAUGGCAAUCACGACAGCUGCAGAACAAACAACCACAACAACUGCAGAAACAACAGUUGCAACAACAGCAGUCACAACACCGGCAGACGCAACAACUGCUUCCACAACAAGGGCAGGAAAAACAACUGUUGCAACAACAGAAGUAAUGACACCUGCCCAAACAAUGGCAGCAACAUCAACAGUUGUCAUAACAACAGCAAUGACAACACCUACAGAAACAACCUUUGCCACAACAACAGACUCUCCCACAAUGGCAGUCACAACACCUUCGGAAUCAACAACCCCUGCCACAACAAUGACAAAAACAACAACAGUCGCAAUAACAACAGCAGUGACGACUCCUGCCGAAACAACAGUUGCCACAACAGACUCUACCACAACAGAAGUCACGACACCUGCAGAAAUAAUAACCGCUGCCACAACAAUGGAAGAAACAACAGUUGCCACAACAACAGACUCUCCCACAACGGCAUUCACGACAGCUGCAGAACAAAUAACAACCGCCACGACAACUGCAGAAACAAUUUUUGGAACAACAGCAGUGACAACACUUACAGAAAUAACAGCUGCUGCCACAAAAACGGCAGAAACAACAAUGGUUGCAACAAAACCAGCAAUAACGACUUCUGUAGAAACAACAACCACCGCCACAACAAUUACAGAAACAACAGCUGCAAUGACAAGAACAACUCUCCCACGGCAAUGAUGACAGCUGCGGAAACAACAACCACUGACACAAAAGUGGCAGAAACAACAACAGUCGCAACGACAACAGCAGUGAUGACACCUGCCAAAACAACAGCUGCAACAACAGACUCUACCACAACAGAAGUUAUGACACCUGCAGAAAUAAUAACCGCUGCCAGAACAACGGAAGAAACAACAGUUGCCACAACAACAGACUUUCCCACAAUGGCAAUCACGACAGCUGGCACAACUGCAGAGAAAACAACCGUUGUGACAACAGCAGUCACAGCAGUUGCAACAACAACAGAAGUAAUGACACCUGCCCAAACAACGGCAGCAACAUCAACAGUUGUCAAAACAACUGCAAUGAUGACACCUGCUGAAACAACCUUUGCCACAACAGACUCUCCCACAAUGGCCUUCACAACACCUACAAAAUCAACAACCCCUGCCACAACAAUGACAGAAACAACAACAGUCGCAACAGUAGUGACAACUCCUGCUGGCACAACAACAGUUGCCACAACAGACUCUACCACACCAGACGUCACAACACCCGCAGAACAAAUGACCACCGCCACAACAAUUGAAGAAACCACAGUUGCUACAACAGCAGACUUUACUACAACAGCAGUCACAACACCCGCUGAAACAACAACCACCGCCCCAAUAGUGGCAGAAACAACAACAGUCGCAAUGACAACAGCAGUCACAACACCUGUGGAAAUAAUCACCACUGCCACAACAAUGGCAGACACAACAAUUGCCACAACAACAGACUCUCCCACAAUGGCAGUCACAACACCUACGGAAUUAACAACCCCUGCCACAACAAUGACAGAAACAACAACAGUCGCAACAGCAGAGACAACUCUUGCCGAAACAACAACAGUUGCCACAACAGACUCUGCUACAACAGAGGUCACAUCACCUGCAGAUAUAAUAACUACUGCCACAAUAGAAAAAACCACAGUUGCCACAACAACAGACUUUACCACAACAGCAUUCACGACAGCUGCAGAACAAAUGACCACCGCAACUACAACUGAAGGAACAACAGUUGCUAAAACAGCAGACUUUACUACAACAGCAGUCACGACACCCGCUGAAACAACAACCACCGCCCCAAUAGUGGCAGAAACAACAACAGUCGCAAUGACAAUAGCAGUCAUAACACCUGUGGAAAUAAUAACCACUGCCACAACAAUGGCAGACACAACCGUUGCCACAACAACAGACGCUCCCACGCCAAUGACAACAGCUGGAGAAGUCAAACCUACAACCACUGCCACAAUAGCGGCAGAAACAACAACAGUCGCAAUGACAACAGCAGUGAGGACUCCUGCCGAAACAGUUGCAACAGACUCUUCCACAACAGAUGUCACAACACCUGCAGAAAUGAUAACCGCUGCCACAACAAUGGAAGAAACAACAGUUGCUACAACAACAGAUUCUCCCGCAACGGCAAUCACGACAGCUGCAGAACAGACAACCACCGCCACAACUGCAGAAACAACAGUUGCAACAACAGCAGUCACAACCCCUGCAGAAAUAGUAACCACUGCCGCAACAACAGACUCUCCCACAAUGGCAAUCACGACAGCUGCAGAACAAACAACCACCGCCACAACAACUGCAGAAACAACAACAGUUGCAACAAUAACCACUGCCACAACAAUGGCAGACACAUCAAUUGCCACAACAGACUCUCCCACAAUGGCAGUCACAACACCUACGGAAUCAACAACCCCUGCCAUAACAAUGACAAAAACAACAGUCGCAAUAACAACAGCAGUGACGACUCCUGCCGAAACAACAGUUGCCACAACAGACUCUACUACAACAGAAGUCACGACACCUGCAGAAAUAAUAACGGCUGCCACAACAAUGAAAGAAACAACAGUUGCCACAACAACAGAUUCUCCCACAACGGCAUUCAGGACAGCUGCAGAACAAAUAACCGCCACCACAACUGCCGAAACAACAAUAGUUGCCACAACAACAACAGACUCAGCCAUGACGACACUCAUGGCACCUGCAGAAACAACAACCGCUUCCAUAACAAUAGCAGAAACAACAGCAGUUCCAACAACAGCAGAAUAUACAACAAAUGCAGCAACAACUACAGUGAAGCCACGUGUGGAAUCAACAGCAGUAGCCACAACAGACAGUGUUGCCACAACAACCAAACGAGUUACUUUCAGAUCUCUUCAAACAAAUAUACCUGCCAAAACAACAGCUGCAACAACAGACUCGACCACAACAGAAGUCAUGACACCUGCAGAAAUAAUAACCGCUGCCAGAACAACGGAAGAAACAACAGUUGCCACAACAACAGACUUUCCCACAACGGCAAUCACGACAGCUGGCACAACUGCAGAGAAAACAACCGUUGUGACAACAGCAGUCACAACACCUGCAGAAAUAGUAACUGCUGCCACAACUGCAGAAACAACAACAGUUGCAACAACAACAGCAGUCACAACAGUUGCAACAACAACAGAAGUAGUGACACCUGCCCAAACAACGGCAGCAACAUCAACAGUUGUCAAAACAACUGCAAUGAUGACACCUGCCGAAACAACCUUUGCCACAACAACAGACUCUCCCACAAUGGCAGUCACAACACCUACAAAAUCAACAACCCCUGCCACAACAAUAACAGAAACAACAGUCGCAACAGUAGUGACAACUCCGACCGAAACAACAACAGUUGCCACAACAGACUCUACCACACCAGACGUCACGACACCCGCAGAUAUAAUAACUACAGCCGCAAUGGAAGAAACAACAGUUGCCACAACAACAGACUUUACAACAGCUGCAGAACAAAUGACCACCGCCACAACAAUUGAAGAAACCACAGUUGCUACAACAGCAGACUUUACUACAACAGUCGUCACGACACCCGCUGAAACAACAACCACCGCCCCAAUAGUGGCAGAAACAACAACGGUCGCAAUGACAACAGCAGUCACGACACCUGUGGAAAUAAUAACCACUGCCACAACAAUGGCAGACACAACGGUUGCCACAACAAAAGACUCUCCCACGGCAAUGACGACAGCUGCGGAAACAACAACCACGGACACAAAAGUGGCAGAAACAACAACAGUCGCAAUGACAACAGCAGUGACGACACCUGCCGAAACAACAACAGUUGCCACACCAGACUCUACCACAACAGAAGUCACGACACCUGCAGAGAUUAUAACCGCUGCCACAACAAUGGAAGAAACAACAGUUGCCACAACAACAGACUCUUUCACAACAGCAAUCACGACAGCUGCAGAACAGACAACCACCGCCACAACUGCAGAAAAAACAACAGUUGUGACAACAGCAGUCACAACACCUGCAGAAAUAGUAACCGCUGCCACAACGGCAAUCAUGACAGCUGCAGAACAAACUACCACUGCAGAAACAACAACAGUUGCAACAACAGCAGCAGUCACAACAACUGCUUCCACAACAGUUACAACAACAACAGAAGUAAUGACACCUGCCCCAACAACGGCAGCAACAUCAACAGUUUUCAAAACAACAGCAAUGACGUCACCUAGCAAAACAACCUUUGCCACAACAACAGACUCUCCCACAAUGGCCGUCACAACACCUACAAAAUCAACAACCCCUGCCACAACAAUGACAGAAACAACAACACUCGCAACAGCAGUGACAACUCCUGCCGAAACAACAUCAGUUGCAGCAACAGACUCUACUACAACAGAAGUCACAACACCCGCAGAUAUAAUAACUACUGCCACAAUGGAAGAAACAACAAUUGCCACAACAACAGACACUAAAACAGUUGCAGAACAAAUGACCACCGCCACAACAACUGAAGAAACCACAGUUACUAAAACAGCAGACUUUACUACAACAGCAGUCGCGACACCCGCUGAAACAACAACCACCGCCCCAAUAGUGGCAGAAACAACAACAGUCGCAAUGACAACAGCAGUCACAACACCUGUGGAAAUAAUAACCACUGCCACAACAAUGGCAGACACAACAACAGUCGCAAUGAAAACAGCAGUGACGACUCCUGCCGAAACAGUUGCAACAGACUCUACCACAACAGACGUCACGACACCUGCAGAAAUAAUAACCGCUGCCACAACAAUGGAAGAAACAACAGUUGCCACAACAACAGACCACAACAACUGCAGAAACAACAGAUGCAACAACAACAGGAGUCACAACACCUGCAGAGGCAACAACUGCUUCCACAACAAGGGCAGGAAAAACAACAGCUGCAACAACAACAGAAGUAAUGACACCUGCCCAAACAACAGCACCAACAGACUCUCCCACAACGGCAGUCACAACACCUACGGAAUCAACAACCCCUGCCAUAACAAUGACAAAAACAACAGUCGCAAUGAUAACAGCAGUGACGACUCCUGCCGAAACAACAGUUGCCACAACAGACUCUCCCACAACGGCAUUCACGACAGCUGCAGAACAAAUAACAACCGCCACGACAACUGCAGAAACAACUUUUGGAACAACAGCAGUGACAACACUUACAGAAAUAACAGCUGCUGCCACAAAAACGGCAGAAACAACAAUAGUUGCAACAAAACCAGCAAUAACGACAUCUGCAGAAACAACAACCACCACCACAACAAUUGCAGAAACAACAACAGCUGCAAUGACAAGAACAGUAGCUGCCGAAACAACAAUACUUGCCACAACAACAACAGACUCAGCCAUGACGACACUCCUGGCACCUGCAGAAACAACAACCGCUUCCAUAACAAUAGCAGAAACAACAACAGUUCCAACAACAGCAGAAUAUACAACAAUUGCAGCAACAACUACAGUGAUGACACGUGCGGGAUCAACAGCAGUUGCCACAACAGACAGAGUUGCCACAACAACCAAACGAGUUACUUUCAGAUCUCUUCAAAGAGGGGCUCAGUUGUCAAUAUCAUGGAUGUUGAGUUCACAGCCACAUCUGCGCCAAACAACACCCAAAUUGAGGACAUCUUAUCUGAGGCGGCAUGCAAUAACUACAGUGACAACCCCAAAAGACACAACAGCCGUAGAAACAACUGCAGAUCAGACAACUCCAGUAACAUUGGCUCCAGCAACAACAGUUGA